UAUAAUUAUUGAUAUAAAUUAUUUACAGAAACAUUGCGAAAAUAUCCGAUAGUUGACUGUAUUAUGAGACAGUCAUCAUCAACUUACACUUUUAGAAAUUCUCAACUAACUGUUCCAAAAGAUCAAAUAGUUGGUAUACCUGUCCAUAGUAUUCAUUUUGAUUCAGAAAUAUAUCCUAAACCGGAAAAUUAUGAUCCUGAGAGAUUCAUCGAUAAAGCAGCCUGGUCGAGACAAUCAAUGCAUUAUAUGCCUUUUGGACAUGGUCCAAGAAAUUGUAUUGGUGAACGAUUUGGUAUAUUACAACUCAAAAUGGGACUGAUUACUCUUUUACGAAAUUAUAAAUUUGAUGUUUGUGAAAAAACUCCAGCAAAAUUAAAAUACAUCCCCGCAGCACUUAUUCAGCAUCCCAGCGAUAUAUAUCUUAAAAUAACCAAAAUUGAAUAAAGUAAGAGUCCUAGAUGUAAAUCAUCCCAGACAGCACAGGAUAUCCUGUGGACAUCCGUUUUAUGUCUAUUUCUGGUCCAUGAGUCUUACAAGCUGUCCAUAGGAUAUUAUACAUUUGGAUACUAUAGGGAUAUCUUCAAAAGGACAAGUUUGUAUAUCCAUAUGCUAUUCUCAUUUGUACAUACGUUAUCUACAUAUCCGUAUUAUCAAAAUAUUUACCGGAGAUACUUAAUAAAUACAUAUGUAUGUAUUAAACAGAAAUUUACAUUCACUGAA